AUGAGCCUGAGCCUUGGGCUUUCCUGGGCUUUGACGACGGCCCAAGAAGGCCCAGCUUUGGGAAGGCUGGCCCUGGCUGGCUUACGGCUUUGGGCCGGGCCUGGCACAUCACUAAUCGUGCUAGUGGCUGCAAGCCCCAGGGCUCUUAGCCUUGAGGCUCCUUCGGAAAACGCCGCUGAGGCUCUCACCUUGACUUUAACAAUAAAAUUAUUUGAGACGUUGGUCGUUCCACGAAAAAGUCUAUCGUGGCCCAUCAAUGGCCCAUCAAUGAUUGCACAAACAAGUACAAUAAGCCUUAGGGCUAAUAGUCCUAAGGCUUGUAGCCAACUCUCCGGGGGGUCAGACGAUCCCGUAUUCUCGACUUCAAAGUCCUUGUCGUCGUGCUGUACACUCAUGAGUGUGCCCUUGUUCCUCUUUCCAGACAACGACAUCCCUCAGCAGACGGACAACUUCAGCAUCGAUCCAGUGCUUUUCCCAGAGUCUGCCCAUCAAAAAUUGGCGUCUGUAGCUGCACCUUCCCAAAGUGUCGCCACAGCCGUUCCCAAAGCAGAAGCCCCACUUUUGCCAUCGAGAGAGCCUGCCAGUGGACCAGCAAGAACCUUGAAAGGCCAAGGCCAAUCUUUGAGUGACAAUGAUGCGAAAAAACUGUACCCCACUCUGUCAGCUGUGGGGGCUGCCAAUGCUGGCGUGGAGAACAUGGUCGACAACACAAAUAUGAUGCAAGACUCCUUUGACUGUGGAUUCAUGGAUUCAGAUGAUGGCCCGAGCAAUGAGAGUGAUGACGAAGAAGACAGGGGUGACAAGGAAACUGACGAUGGCCCAGUUGAGGACUCUAUGGAGAUUGACACAUUGGGCACUAGAGGCUCGAAGGCUUGGAUUGAUGCAUACAUAAUGGACAUGAGGCAAAAAAGUGGGUGGCAAACAGAGAAGAGCGUGCUCUCUCUGUGGCAGCGCUGGGUACCGAUGGCAAUCACUGCUGGCACAAUCCCCAAUCACAUCGUCGAUGCCAACCACACGAUGGAAUACCUCAAGUAUGCUGCAACACGGAAACUUCUCACAAUGCGUGGUUGCCCUAAGGAAGGCCCAGCCGAUUAUCAUCAAGAUGAGUUCUUCAACAUCAGCGAGAACACCAUCUUGGACUCACAGCUGCAUCCUGUGCACUUUGAGGAGAUUACAUCUGCUAUCUUCAUGAAGCUUGAUCAACUCCCAUCUGUCAUCAAGGCACACUUCAGCUGGACUUGGCAAUGCACCGCUCUCAACUGUGGGGAUGAGCUCAUCAAUCUAUUGCUCAGCUGCCUCCAACCUCACUUGCUUUGCCUACCCAACUAUACAACACCAGAUGGACGGCGCUCUGGUAGGCAGGAACCGGACUACAACUUCGUGUUGCCGCAUCGUAACCCUCUACGUUGCUCAGUUGGUGCCCUCGCCAUUCUCCUGCAUUAUGUCUUUGACCAGGAGAACCUGCACGAGAAGGUUGAGGGUUGGGACUGGUCUUGCCCAUUGACAUGGUGGAAGGCAAGUCCAGUCUUCUCAGUGAAGCUUAUGUUUGGAAAGACGGUGGGGAAGGCCUGUGGUGAUGAUGCCCUUUGUAAAAUGUAUACACAAUUUAUUGAGUCCACAUCCAUCAAAUCAAAGAAGAAGCUCCACCUCGCUCGCAAGACCAUUCCUACUCACCUUGAAGAGAUGGGUGUUACGACGGAUGAAAUAGGUGCCAUUGGUCACUGGGCAAGUACGGCCGUCACUGCAUUAGCAGGCUUCUAUGUUGGAGAGGCUUACCAUGUUCCCUGGGCCACCGUCACUGUUCCAGACAGCCUCCAAACCCAGUUAUUUCCUUUUGCAGAGAAGGUGCUUGUUGAGCUCAGGGGGCAGGCUCGGAUCAACCAGGGCCUAGUUAAUUUUUUCGAGCUGCUGCAACAGCUCUGCCCAUUCUUCUGGCAGGCUAGCACCACCAUUCAUGAGAAAUUUCCGGACUCACCAAUGUUUAGUUGGAUGCCCAUUUUUAAGUCAUCUCAGGCUGUGGACUUUAUCGCGCAGUGGCCUCGCACACGAAUGGAAGUCGAGGCCCAGUUUCAGGUAGAUAUAGAGAUUGCUAGAGAGCUGUCUGACGCUGUGAAGCUAUCCCAUUCAUUGCUCAAGGUUCUCGCACGACGAACAGAGCCACUCUCUCCAUCACGUAGUCUCUUGUUCAGCUACCCCUGGUCCAACAGGGCUAAAUCUUUUGUUGCUGCAGUCUCCCUCCAUGGAGACUAUGGCAACAAAUGGGGGUAUGCCACUCCAGGCCUCCACUGCAGCCAGCCCGAGUCAAGGCUUACCAACAUCGCCACUACUCACAUCACAAGCUCAUAUUCUGCUGUCUCCUGUAGUCAAUCCGAAACUGCUUUCCCCUCACUCCCCAUGAGUUGCAUCACGACAUGUGGUGUUUGUGCAUCAUCAAGGCAGUAA